AUGUGGGAAUUACGGUCUAUUUCAUUCUGGCGGGCAGUAUUUGCCGAAUUCUUUGCCACCAUGUUCUUCGUCUUUUUUGGGUUAGGUGCAGCUCUACGUUGGGGCACUGAGCCCAUGAAUGUCUUGCACAUUGCCUUCUGUUUUGGACUGGCUGCUGCCACCCUCAUCCAAUGUGUGGGUCACAUAAGCGGGGGCCACUUAAACCCUGCUGUCACCUUUGCAUACCUGAUUGGCUCCCAGAUGUCUCUGUUUCGUGCUGUCUUCUACAUUGCUGCACAGCUGCUUGGUGCAGUGGCAGGGGCCGCCGUCCUGUAUGGAGUUACACCCACUAGCGUCCGAGGGAAUCUGGCACUGAACACGCUCAACUCUAGAGUUAGCCUGGGCCAGGCCACCACAAUUGAGAUCUUCUUGACACUACAGCUCGUGGUCUGCAUUUUCGCUGUUACAGAUGAGAGAAGAAAUGGGCGCAUAGGGUCUGCGGCUCUAGCCAUUGGCUUCUCUGUCACUUUGGGCCACCUUCUGGGGAUGUAUUAUACUGGUGCAGGAAUGAACCCUGCUAGGUCAUUUGCUCCAGCAGUGCUCAUCAGAAAUUUUGUCAACCACUGGGUUUAUUGGGUUGGUCCCAUGAUUGGUGGUGCCAUUGGGGCUCUUUUGUAUGACUUCCUCCUUUUUCCCCGGAUGCGAGGUCUGUCAGAAAGACUGGCUGUGCUGAAGGGCAGCCGCCCUCCAGAAGCUGAUGGGCAGCAGGAUAAUCGUGGUGACCCUAUCGAACUGAAGACACAAGCACUAUAAAUAUUCUUUGCAAUUCAUCAUUAAUCCUUCCCAACUGUCAGUCCCACCUCAC